UUGACAGGAAAAGAAAAAAGGGAAUAGAAGGAUCGAGCAUCGAGCACAAAAUCUGACCUCGAAAAAAAGUUUCAAAAGUUUUAACGUAGUUCUGAGGAUUUUGGAUUUCGCUUAUCACAAUGGGGAAAGGCUUUAAUAACUACAUGUGCAAAAAAUUCUUCCAUCCAGCCUCUAGAGACAACCUGAAGCGGGUAUGGAUGGCCGAGCAAAAAGAUGUUGCCUACAGAAAAAAGCAGGAUGAGCUGAGGCAGCAGUAUGAGAAGGAACAGGACCUCUACAACAACAAGGCUCUGCUGAGUAGCGAAAGCAAAGACAAAUUGAGCGUUAACUUUUUGUACGAGCCUCCACCGGGUGCCAAGAAGGAGAGGGAAAAGGAGGAUGAUGAGCCUGAGUACAAAUUCGAGUGGCAGCGGAAAUACAAUGCUCCCCGAGAAGACUACUGCAAAGGUGACUCUGAAAUCCAAGAUCAACCGUUCGGUAUUCAAGUACGAAACGUGCGGUGCAUCAAGUGUCACAAGUGGGGCCACAUCAACACAGACCGGGAGUGCCCGUUAUUUGCACAGGCCAUGAGCCGCUCCGAUGAUGUUGAGGAGAGCGACGCCCUAAGCUUGGUGGCUGCUAUGAGGGACGAUGGACUCGCAAUGAAGAGGAAUGCUCUUGCGGCCCAAACACAUCUUCCUGUCAGGGCUUCAAAUUUGAUUGAGUCGGAUGAAGAAGAGGACGAAGAGAGCAAGUUCUUCAAAGGACUGUCCAGGAAGCAAAAGCAGAAACUACUCAAGAAACUUGAGAAAAUGGAAAAGAAGGAGAAGAAAAAGAAGAAGAAAAACAAAGGCAAAGCAAGCAGUGACGAUGAUUCAAGUCAGAAAAGGAACGUUGAGGAAUGGAGCCCUAGGAGGAGAAACAUUUGGAGGAAUAGAGAUGACAGCCCAAAGAGGAGAGGAAGAGAAGAAGUUCCAAAAUGGAGAGGAAGGGAUGACAGUCCAAAAAGAAGGGACAGGGUUCAAGAGAGAAACCAGAAGAGAAGUCCCAGGAGGAGGGACAGGGACGUCAGGGAUGAAGAUCAAAGUCCAAGGAGAGAUAGGGAUCGGAAAGAUCAUAGGGAUCCCAGGGACUCUGACAAGAAGAGGCGUCGAGAAAGGAGCAUCAGUCAUGAUGACGAACGUAGAGAUAACAAGAGGCGGCGGUGAUUUACCUUUAAUUUUGUUGUAAAAUAAUAAUAAAUAAUACUAAGAGUUUAACUUAACAAUACUUUUUACUUGAAAU